AUGGAGUUAUGCUCACAAAGUCUUCGCAAUAUUCUUGAAGUCAAACCACAAAUCAUUCACAGAGAUCUCAAACCCGACAAUAUAUUGAUUACGAAGAAUGUAAGGAACGGUAGAUUUAUUAAGUUAUGUGACUUCGGUUUGGCUACAGUUCACGAGAAACGUAUUCAUUACAUAACAAAACACAAGCACACGGCAGAUGUGGGGGACACCCGUCGGCAACGAUAUUCAACCACAUUUCCUAUACUAAACGCACCGGUAUUCCAGAUGCAAAAAGUAUUGGUUUCUAUGAUUACCACGAAUUGGACGGAAAGACCGGAAUGUCGUGAAGUGUUACACAAAUAUAACGAGUGGUCUAUCGAUAGGAAUAUUAUAUUAGAAAACAAUUCCGAUAUAAGCUCGCAAACUUGGAACCUCAUGGUGAAACACGCUUUUAAUAGUUAG